AUGUUUUUUGGAGGAGGAGGCAGGAUACAGAGAGAAAAGAGAGGUAAAAAUGUUGUGCAUCAACUCACAGUAACCUUGGAAGAUUUAUAUAAUGGUGCAACAAGAAAACUAGCUCUGCAAAAGAACGUGAUUUGUGACAAAUGCGAAGGCCGAGGUGGUAAGAAAGGAGCAGUAGAGUGCUGUCCCAAUUGCCGAGGUACUGGAAUGCAAAUAAGAAUUCAUCAACUAGGACCUGAAAUGGUUCCGCAAAUUCAGUCUGUCUGCAUGGAGUGCCAGGGCCAUGGAGAGCAGAUCAGUCCUAAAGAUAGAUGUAAAAGCUGCAAUGGAAGGAAGAUAGUUCAAGAGAAGAAAAUUCUAGAAGUUCAUAUUGACAUAGGCAUGAAAGAUGGCCAGAAGAUAACAUUCCAUGGUGAGGGAGACCAAGAACCAGGACUGGAGUCAGGAGAUAGUAUUAUCGUUUUAGAUCAGAAGGACCAUGCUGUUUUUACUCGACGAGGAGAAGACCUUUUCAUGUGUAUGGACGUACAGCUGGUUGAGGCACUGUGUGGCUUCCAAAAGCCAAUAUCUACUCUUGACAAUCAAACCACAGCCAUCCCUCCUCAUCCAGGUCAGACUGUCAAGCAUGGAGGUAUCAAGUGUGUGCUAAAUGAAGGCAUGCCAAUUUAUCGUAGACCAUAUGAAAAGGGUUGCCUAAUCAUUGAAUUUAAGGUAAACUUUCCUGAGAAUGGCUUUCUCUCCCCUGAUAAACUCUCUUUGCUGGAAAAACUCCUACCUGACAGAAAGGAAGUAGAAGAGACUGACGAAAUGGACCAGGUAGAACUCGUGGACUUUGAUCCAAAUCAGGAAAGACGGCGCCAUUACAAUGGAGAAGCAUACGAGGAUGAUGAACAUCAUCGGGGUGGUGUUCAGUGUCAGACCUCCUAAUGGGGUCAGUGAAUAACACUCACUGCU